UUUCGAGAUUAACCACCUGAAAACUCUGGUGGUACGAUGUGUGACUUCAAUGUCAACGGAUUUGUGGCUGCACACGUCAUAGCCGGGUGUGUCACCCUUGCAACUGUCUAUGACGUGUUUUUUUUUCUUCCACCGGUAAAGAUAUUGCUAUAAAAAGAUGCACAUAUUAUGCACCGUGCAGAUUCGUAAACGUGCCACACCUUGUUCUGCAUUCGGUUUCUAAAGGUUUCCUUCUGGCAAACACCUUUCCAUCAGCAUCAUCAUGAAGUGCGACGCUGUGAUCGAGAAAAUUAAGGCCCGUGUUGCCGCCAUUGACCCGAACGGUCCACGCAAGGUUCUCGGUGUGUUCCAGCUGAACAUUGAGGCCGCCGAUGGCCUGCAUGAAAUUAUUGUCGAUCUGAAGGCACUGAAGGUGUCGGAUGGUAAGGCCAGUUCGCCUGAUGUGGUGAUCAACCUGAAGGAUGAGGACUUUAUCGCCAUCGGUACGAAGGCGAUCCCGGUUAAGGAUGCCGUCGCCCAGGGUAAGGUGUCCAUGACUGGCGAUCAGAACCUGUUCCAGGCCUUGGUUGAUGCGAUCUAGGAAAUUAAUAUGGCAUUAAACGUAACGAAUAAAUGACUCUUUCUGAAAUACACUUACAACGUCGUAAAGAUAAUUUUGUUGUGGAGCUAAAGCCUUAUGUUUGGGUUCAUAUCGACCGUUAUAUCCUCUGUAUUCUGAACGCUUCUAUGUUACCAAGACUUCUCUGUCACCGAUUUCUUUGUUAGGAAAGAGUUCACGAGGUUGUAUGGUAUAAUAUUAAAUUUCCUCUUCCAGUUAGCUUAAAGAUAACGAGUAAUAAUUGUUGUAUGAUCUACCAUAAAUAUCAUAGCAAAAAGCUAGCAAAACUUCCUACAAUUCCGAAUUCUUGUAAUUGUUUUCUUUGCCCAAAACAUCGCAGUUUUUGUAUCAAACCACUAGCUUAUAUAAAGAGCUAAGACUUUAUCUUCUAUCUCCCAUUCCCAUCUCAAUCUCAAGAUAAUCUCAUCUAUCUCUAAGUACAGAAUGAAUCACGCUGAAUUGAAACAUUAGACGUAAACUAUUAGUAUUUUUGCUACAGAAAAAUUAAUGGGAAUGUUAAAACAAAUGAUUGAAUAGAAUCUAAGUUGAAGGCAUCAUAAAUGGUCAA